GGUGGAGUAUUGGCUGGAGAGUUUGUGAAAAGUUCUGAGACGAGCAGGAGGAAGUGGGGACCGACCAGUUGAGCACCACCAGAGGCCGGGGAGCGAGGGGGUCUCAAGUGACCCCUGGGAAACUCCGGUGUCGGAAAGGAGCCGAGCGCCUACAUGAAAGGAGGAACCUUCUCGGAAGUUCGCCCCUACCUGAGCCGGGAACUCCAGCUUCAGGAUCCGCGGCGCUUUCCCCGCGUGCUGGCUCGGUGGCCGCGUCUACACACGACCCGUGAGGAUCCGGAUGGCCGUGAGGUGGACCUGGGCAGGCAAGAGCUGCCUGCUGCUGGCCCUUUUAACACUGGCUUAUAUUCUGGUGGAGUUCUCAGUCUCCACUUUGUAUGCCUCUCCAGGAGCCGGCGGUGCCAGGGAGCUGGGGCCAAGGCGGCUCCCGGACCUUGAUACAAGGGAAGAGGAUUUGUCUCAGCCUCUUUAUAUAAAGCCCCCUGCAGAUUCCCAUGCUCUUGGGGAAUGGGGGAGAGCAAGCAAACUCCAGCUCAACGAGGGGGAACUGAAGCAGCAAGAAGAACUUAUUGAGAGAUAUGCCAUCAACAUUUACCUCAGUGACAGGAUCUCCCUGCACCGCCACAUAGAGGAUAAAAGAAUGUAUGAGUGUAAAGCCAAGAAGUUCCACUACAGGUCGCUCCCCACCACCUCCGUUAUCAUCGCCUUCUAUAACGAAGCCUGGUCCACUCUGCUUCGGACCAUUCACAGUGUUUUAGAAACUUCUCCAGCUGUGCUUUUAAAGGAGAUCAUCUUGGUGGAUGACUUGAGUGAUAGAAUUUAUUUGAAGGCGCAACUUGAAACUUACAUCAGCAACCUGGAGAGAGUUCGCUUGAUUAGAACCAAUAAGAGAGAGGGGCUGGUCCGGGCCCGUCUAAUUGGGGCCACUUUUGCCACCGGGGAUGUCCUCACUUUCCUGGAUUGUCACUGUGAGUGUAACACUGGUUGGUUGGAACCACUUUUGGAGAGGAUCAGUAGAGACGAAACCGCAAUCGUAUGUCCUGUCAUCGACACUAUUGACUGGAACACUUUCGAAUUCUACAUGCAGACCGGGGAGCCCAUGAUUGGUGGGUUUGACUGGCGUUUGACCUUCCAGUGGCAUUCUGUCCCCAAACAUGAAAGGGACAGGCGAACGUCAAGAAUUGACCCCAUCAGGUCCCCCACCAUGGCAGGAGGACUGUUUGCUGUCAGCAAGAAGUAUUUUCAGUACCUGGGCACCUAUGACACUGGCAUGGAAGUCUGGGGAGGCGAAAACCUUGAGUUGUCUUUCAGGGUUUGGCAGUGUGGCGGCAAGCUGGAGAUCCACCCAUGCUCGCACGUGGGCCACGUGUUUCCCAAGCGCGCGCCCUAUGCUCGCCCCAACUUCCUACAGAAUACCGCGCGGGCGGCCGAAGUGUGGAUGGAUGAAUACAAAGAGCAUUUCUAUAACCGAAACCCCCCAGCUCGGAAAGAGGCCUAUGGCGAUCUUUCUGAAAGGAAGUUACUAAGGGAACGGCUGAAAUGUAAGAGCUUCGACUGGUAUCUGAAAAAUGUGUUCUCUAACUUACACGUCCCCGAGGAUAGACCUGGCUGGCACGGAGCCAUCCGCAGCAUGGGCAUCUCUUCCGAGUGCUUAGAUUAUAACGCUCCCGACAACAACCCUACGGGGGCUAAUCUUUCGUUGUUUGGAUGCCACGGUCAAGGAGGCAAUCAGUUCUUUGAAUAUACUUCAAACAAAGAAAUCAGAUUCAAUUCCGUGACUGAAUUAUGUGCAGAGGUCCCCCAACAAAAGGAUUAUGUAGGGAUGCAAAACUGCCCCAAAGACGGGCUCCCAGUUCCAGUGAACAUCAUUUGGCAUUUUAAAGAAGACGGAACGAUUUUUCACCCUCACACAAGACUGUGUCUUAGUGCUUACCGGACAGCCGAGGGCCGACCUAGUGUCCAUAUGAAAACGUGUGAUGCCCUUGAUAAAAACCAGCUCUGGAGGUUUGAGAAAUAGGCUAGCAGCAGAGCGCCUUCUCUUCGGGAGCUGACAGUAGCCUCCGGAAAGUCACCGUGCCCCAAGAUGACUGUAUUUUACCAGAAGUCACCUGGCAGCUGUCUGUAAGAACACUGGAAAGCCGUGGUUCAUCUGGGGAUAUCACUCUGAAGCUGGGUACACAGAGCACCGCUGCUCAAUAUCUCAAAGUGCCUUCUUUGCUCUCGGGUUGUUUUAUUUAAAAGCUUUGUCAAUAUGGUCUCCUGCAACUCCUUAAAGAAAGCUGCUGUGAACUGAGAUACACAAAACACUGAAGUAUGGGUGUAGCUUAGCAGUAGAAUGCUUAGCUAGCAUGUGCAAGACCCUGAGUCUGACCCACAGCACCACAAACUACAUGCAAGACUUAAUAUUUAGAACAUAAAAGUCCAGACAAAAUGGGGUAUGAUUCAUUCUGAUUUGUAAAUUCAUUGCAUGUACUUUUCUUUCUUCUUUUCUUUUCUCUUCUUUUCUUUAUCAAAACAUGUGAAUGUGUAAUUAGAACUAUUACUUUCUGAUUACAUUCUUUCAGCCAGCACAUUACAUUUUAGGUUUUUAAAAACCAACUUGUCUUUGGUAAAAUAAAAGUUGAAGAAAUUUGAUCUUGAGGAAAAGGCCUGGGGUUGAUAUAUGUUUCAUUGGAAGAGGGUCCUGGUCUUGAAUGCAAGUUUGGAGGUCUUAUUUUAUUUUAUUUUAUUUUGAGAUAGAUCUUAGGCAUCCCAGGCUGACCUUGAACUCCUGAGUCUUGCUUCCACCUCUCAAGUACUGGGAUUACAGGCGUGUGCCACCACAGGUGGUUUGGAGGUCUUUCUUGGCAGACAGGUAUCUCAGAAAGAUAGUGGGACAUUCACCUUCAGUUCUCUGUAACCGGGAGCCGUUGGAGUGAACUGGCCCAUAUCUCAACACCUCACAUCACCCCGCUCUGUAAGCUGCAUUCUCUGUGAACUUGUUUGUGAGUAAUGGGGCAUUUUCUGAUUGCACCUCCUUAGUUAUGGAUGUCCUAGAAUGAAGCUCAUUCAGAAGGCUGGGCCUCCCGUCCUUAAUGUCUAAUGGUUUGAAGUCAACACAAGUGAGACUUCCCCAAAGCCAACCCCAAAUGCCUUUACCGAAAUGUGUGAAACUGAAGUGGGCCAGCCCAGUUCUGCAGAGAGUGUUCAACUCCCCUCAGAGUGGGCGCUGACCUGGAAAUGGAGAGGCUUCCUCUUUAUUGCAGUGGGGGAAAGGCUGUCUUGGUCAUUGUUGAUUGGUGCCUUGGAGCUCCUGGAAAGCACAAGGCAGCCGGGCACCUGGGCAGCUCUUACCUUGUGUGAGCAGAUGUCUCAGCGGAAGGGGUUGUUUCUCUUGUUUGGGCCUCAGUUUCCUCUUCUGUCUCGCUGAGUUGGUCGGUGAGGAUCCCUAAAGGUCGAUUGCACCUCCCUCUGGGGCCCUCACCUCUAUGCAACUUGGAGAGAAGCACUUCUGUGUCUUUCCUUUUAACGUGGGUGGUGCUGAGUAGCUGGUCAGUUUCAGUUUGGAAGAUGGAAAGGCAAUUUUUAUAUUUACAUGAGCUGAGCUCCCCUGAAGUGGUGAGUUUCUCCCAGGAUAUCAUGAGAGCUAGUUUUCUACUCAUUUUAUUUUGACAACGGUUAGACUGAUUGUGCUUUUUUAAAAAAAAGUUUUCAACUUUCAAAGCAAUUCUUUUGACUAAGAGUAUAAAUAUUUCCCAAACUAAAUUAUUUCAGAAGUACACGUUUUGCCAUAUUUUGACUAGUUCCCUACUAACGUUUUAUCCAGACAGCACAGCCCAAAUUUUGGGAGUGAGUCUCAGGUUUUUGACUUUGAUUUGAAAAUGCAUGUUCCAUAGAGAACCAGCCCACAGGACUUCAUAGGAAAGUUGUUUUCAGGGUUCACUUGUCAGGAUGGAGAGGGGGAAGACUCUGAGUUUCAGUAGCUUGUUUAGGGUGACCAUUGAAAACAUGAAGGUUUGUGUGUACUUGUGGCUGUUUUGUUUCUCACUGAUUCUUAGAAUGAAAAUCUCUUACUACUUUUUUGUAAGUUACCUAGCAUCCUUACAGUUUAUGGACCACCCACCUGGCUAGAGAUUCCAUGAGCAAUGGUUGGCCCUGGGUUUUAUUUAAGGGAAAUAUACAUAAAUGCUCAUUCAGGAGGAAAUUCUCCAACAUGCAUUCUCACCUCGCCCCAUCCUUUUGCUGUUCUGGCUAAGCCCCGUGUCUGUCGCAUGAGAGAAUUAAAUGGAUGCAAUUGAGAAGGGACCAUUGAAAAUACUUUUACUUAGUAUCUCUGUGCCCCUAGCCAAAGAGAGACGAGGCUUUUAAGACUAGAGUAUUCCCUCCUGUGUUACCUGUCUCUCUAUAGGUGCUUAUGGCCCCUCGGUCCUUUUUAGGCUGGUAGAUUAUUUCUGUCUGUAAUUCAGAAGAAUAUAACUCAGAAUACUAUACAUAAUGAAGUAAACUGGAGUUGUGUUUUUAUAUGCAGACAUGGUCCAAUUUCAUUCCAAAAGCACACCAUAGUGAAACAUGCAAGAGACGCUUUCACUUAUUUCCAGUUUUUGGCCAACCACCCAAGUUCUCCAUUUUGCUGUAGAAUUUACAUGUUUAAAUGUUAGGAAAAUAUUUGAUGAGCAAGGAGUUUCCCAUUCUAUUGUUUACUUAAUCAGUCCUGUGAAUAGAUUGGCUCUAUGAGCAUCUUAGCACUUGUUUUAUUUUUAAAAUGGUAACAGAGUCAUCAGAAGGGUCUCUCUAACCGUAAACACCUUGUUUGUAAGGGAAAGUGUGUUUAUUCAGCCAGUAAAUAGUAGGCUCUUGCAUGUGCAUUGAUGUUAGCAGAUUGAAAUAUUCCAGGCAAAGGAUUUGUUUUUAAGUUGUAUACUCUCAGUUAUUUUAUUGUCUCAGUUUUAAUGAAUAAAAUUUAGAUUUGACUUGUCUUUUGGAAUUGCUGUUUUAACAAGAUUUCUGAAUGGGCACAAAGCUGAGGUCUAGAUUUCUGUCUUUUGAGCGGUGACUGUUUCUUUUUGUUAAUGGUGUCUGUAAUAUUGGCGAAGACAUGCAAUAAAAUGUAUGCCUAAUUAUUUUUGCAAACCAA